CGUUUUGUAACAAUAAUCAAAUCGAGUCUAUCGUAUAAAAUAGCGCGGCGAGAAAGGAUGGUGGGCAAGAAAGAGAGAAUGAGGAUAGCGGCGAGUUAUAGAGUGAAUGAGCCGAUACAUAAUUUAAAGAUAAGGGUGCGAGUCGUACAGGAGAGGUCCCCGUUGGCUGAAUUGCUGGCCGAGAAGUCCGAGGAUGGUGAGACAAGAGACUCCAACUUUUUGGAAGAGGAGAACUGUAUUUUUAGCUGGCAGGACAAAGUGUUCAGCUUAUUCGAGAUCGACUUCUAUGCGGAGGAAAAAAAUUGCCUAACCGAAUGUCAGCGAGAGUACCACCAGCGUAUACGUGACGAGCAGCUGCAGGGUGCAUGUUUGUAUUCGUACACGGGAAAUGACUCCUACUAUCCCGAUGACGACCUCCUGACGAUGCCUUACAGAUCGUAUUUGUCCGUGAAGAAUCAGACCGCGUUACCGGCUUUGCGGAAUCGCAAGUCCUUUCAAGAACGUUAUAACAAGAAUGUGAUAGAUGACAAGACCACAGAUACUACGAUCCAGUCCAAUCAUUAUCUCUAUACCGAACAUACCACCAUGUAUGUGAUGGCCGAUCUGUCGCGUAGAGAUGAACCCGCAACCAUCGGAUCGAUGGACUCAGAGACGCUGCUCUGCACGUUGACAUAUGACAAAACGCGCAAAUUGCUGACGAUUAAUCCCGAUUUCACGAUCGACGACGAGCACAAGCAGCAUUACAACGUCACCAACGAUUACGGCGUUAGGUUUAAUUAUUGGAUCGAGCACGUUUCCGAGGAGCGAACACCGCUGGAAUUACAGGAGCACCUCGAAGACGUGCGGCGUGAAGUACAACAGCAGUUUGCUUAUAAAGAAACAGAAUUAUACAAGGAAUUACAAUCGCCACCAGCGAAUUUAUCUACACUAGUUAUAAGUUUGGAUAUUGUGUCAGCUCAUGAUUUCUCUUACGAUGGAUUGUUUAUUACCUAUUUCAUCGAUUUGCCGCAAAAUUGGAGUACAAAUCAGAAAGAAAGAUUGGUCGGCAGAACGCAGAAAAGCCGUUUAACAAAUAAAACUGCAUAUUUUAGUUAUUGUACUGAUAUACCCUUGUAUUAUCCGUCAAAUGAAUUUCAGUCAUUAAACAACAAUGUAUCAUCACGUUGGCCUCGAUUAUUAUUCUCCGCAGCAUCUCUGGAUAGUUGGACCAGGUAUCGAAUAGAAGGUUACGCAGCAUUACCAAUACCAAUGACACCUGGUAGAUACAAAUUUACAAUUCCUACAUGGCGUGCUAAAGGAAGUAUUAUCGAUACAUUGAGACGUUUUUUUGUUGGUGGUUCUUAUGAACUUGAGGAUGUAACAUAUUGCGGUAUUCCAAUUAAUCACGAAGGUAAAGUUUUAGAUAAAUCAAAUUUAAAAGUCGUACCGAGUGGGGAUAUUAAAAUUUAUAUGAAUAUAAUACAUCAAAGUAGAGCACAUAUGAAACAUUUCAAUUAUCAAAGAGAUGAUUCGGACAAAGUGAGCACAGAUACACUCAUGAAUAAUGUUGAAAAUGUUCUUGAGCAAUUUAAAGCAGCUAAAGAACGUAUGAUACGAAUAAGAACAACAAAUUCUUAG